AUGAGCGAAGGAACACAAAAUGAAGACUGCCCCAUGGAAGCAGAGUAUAUUUCCAGGGAAUCGGAAGAAAUUAUUUCCAGAAGUUGGGUCCAACGGUUUUGCGUUAGGCAUGCCAUUGUUAUUAAAAAACUUAGUGGGGAAGCCGCGGGAGUCCCAUCGGCAACAUCUAAUGAUUGGCUAUCCAAAGUUUGGCCUACUAUUCGAGAAGGCUACAGUGAUAGUGAUGUAUUCAACGCUGAUGAGACAGGUUUAUUUUAUAAACUUACGCCUGACCGUACCCUUCACUUCAAAGGAGAAAAAUGUUCAAACGGGAAACUUUCGAAAGAAAGGAUAACUGUUUUAGUUGCUGCAAACAUGAGUGGAUCAGAAAAACGUAAGCUUUUCGUGAUAGGAAAGUCUAAGAACCCGCGUUGCUUCAAAAAUGUAAAAAAUUUGCCAGUCGAUUAUUACAAUAACCAGAAAGCCUGGAUGACAACCGAUCUGUUCAAUAAAUUCCUUUUAGACUGGGACAAGGAAUUGAAGAAAAAGCGCAGAAAGAUUUUGCUACUCAUCGAUAAUUGCCCUUCUCAUAUUGAUUUGAGAGAUUUUGAAUUUAUAAAGGUUGUAUUUUUACCACCUAACACAACGUCCGUUCUCCAGCCAAUAGACCAAGGGAUAAUACAGAAGAUUAAAACUAAUUUCAGAAAGCAGCUUGUUUUACGGUUUCUUCAAGAUGUGGAGGAAAAUCGGGAAACAAAAAUUAGCAUCCUUGAUGCUAUUAUAAUGGUCCACCAAGCUUGGGAAGAUGUACCUGCGACAACAAUCACAAAUUGUUUCAAACAUUCUGGUGUGCUGGGAAAUCAAAAUGAGGAACAACCGUCAGAACCAGCCGAAACUAACGCACUGGAUGAACCUGAGUUUUUGCCGUGGUCCGAAUCCUUAGAACUGCCAACCUUAAUAAAUAAAGAUGUCUUAGCAGACUAUGCAAAAAUUGACGAGGGUCUCCACACGGAACAAGAUAUUAGUGAUGAGGACCUUAUCAAUGAACUUGACGCCGAUAUUGAAACCGACAAUGGAGAAGAGGAUGUAGAAGAACAACUUGACAUCCCACCGUUAACCGACGCAUUGAGGGCGGCACAACUUUUGAAGAAAUUUGUGAUAGACAAAUUGAUUAUAAAACGAGAUAAAAAUUCAGAAGUGCGGAAAUACCAAACCCGCUACGAAUGGGGUUCUAAGAUCUCACGAAAAAACGAGAGCGACAUGAAAGUGCGUACAUCCGUGUACUCGAAUAAGUUCGGUGAAAAACGAAAAGUGUAUGUGGAAGGGAGAACCCUAAAAACAAUUGAAAAUCCGAAAGCGAACAAAAUGAACGGUUGCAAGAAGCUAAAAGCUGGUAACAACAAUCCCAGCAAUACCAUAGAUGAAGAUCAAGACAUGAUAAACCCCAAUAUCCCUACCAAAAACAAGUUUGGGGUUCUCAAUAAUGAGAAUCUCGAUCAAAGAGGAGAAAGCUUAAGCAGCGCGCCUAUAAGCCGCGAAAAAACUCUCUACUUUUUGCCCUAUUUUUAUCUGUUAUGGGCAUAA